UGCCACAUAUACAGACAGACAGGCAAGGUGCUUGUAUUGGAUGGCUGUUUUUCGACUGACUGCUGGCUGAGUGAGUGGUGGUGGUCGUCGUCGUUCACCAAUAAGCUUGUGACUUAUAAACAGAGAGUAAUUGAAUGUCUGAGAAAGAGAGACAGAGAGAGAUGACUAGAUAGAUAAAAAUAGAGAGACAGCGAAAGAGAGGGAGAGAGAGCGAGAUUGUUUAAUAAAAGACUGUGAAACGGUUGUGAUCAGAGCGACCACCUGGCAAGCAUCACAACUGCCGCCACAAUUCGCAGACUGUCUCUUGUUUGGCUUUACAAACUAAAACCAUCUUUAAUUCUCAGCAUCAUCAUCAUCGUCGUCAUCAUUAACAACAAUAGCACCAAUCACGCAUAUUGUCUGCAAGAUCCCUCUCGCCACGACAACAACAAUUUCGGAUUUUUAUUACUUGGAUUGUGGUGGGCUUUUAUUUUUCUGGUCAAUCCUUCCGCAAUAACUACCUCCCUUUUGAUGCCACACAUACAAUAUCUUCUAAAAGAUCGACUUUUAAUCCCCCAACCAAAUAUAUGUAUACAGAUAAACGCAUACACACAUAUGUAUAUUCUCUAAAAGUGACUAAAAACGAAGAAUACACACUCUUUCUAUAAAGCUUCCCAGAUUGAAAUUCAACGUUCUUUUAAACCAAUGUCUUCAUAUUAAUCUUUAAUGGAUCUUUGAACACCUUAUUCAUUUCGAUUCUUGCUAUUCUCAAUUUCCUCCUUUAUUAUUCUCCGGCAAUACACUUAAAACUGUUAAUUCUUGGAGUGAAAAUAUUUUUAUAUGGCCCUGACUGCUUAUUUUCGCUUAUCUCGCAAUGUCUUUACUGGCUCCAUUCAUUGAAGUGUAGUCGCAUGUACGUUUAUCUCAGCAGAAUCUGUUUAUCAACAAUCUCCGUACUUCUACACCAGAUCUACAGUUGCUAUUUUACAUUCUUCUGGUUUGUUUUAGUGCUACUGUUGUUUAAUUAUUUAUCAUCAUUAUUACUAAUAACCCCCUAUCUCGUUUUUAUCCCCCAUUACGUAUUUACCCCACCCCUUCAUUCUAUAGAAUUUAACUCUAUGAUUCCUCUUCCUGAAGUGGUUGACUAAAUGUAUAAUUAGUGUUACACACGCUACACGAGGUCUUUCUUCGCCAGUUAAUGUUUUCCCUCUCUAAUUCUCAAACACAGAACACAUGCUGGGUCCGCCUAUUUCUCGUUUCCUUACAGACUUCAUUGAAACGAUUUUAACCCCUAUUUAAUUAAACAACAGUUUGGUUGUAACUGUGAUGGAAUCAGAAUUACUUUUACGAAGACUUGUUGCAAUGGAUCUCUUAUAAAUUUACAAAUUCUUUUUUAAAAAACCAAACUCGCAAACUAAAACACUAAACCUGAAAAUCCUUAGGCGUCGAGGACCUUACCGUUGGCUCUUCGUCACGCAUUCCAAAUGUGGGGCGAAAAGAACUCAUUGUUGCUGUUAAAUUCUUACCUUUAACGUUUUAUAUACCGUUAACUCUUCGUCAUUAUAUUUUUCUAAUUCUUUUCGUAUCUGAUUUUCGCCUGAAUACAUUGUUUAACGGUUGUUGUUUUAAAAGGUAUUUUUAAAGAUCAUAUUUGUCUUCCAUCAUUGCAAGAUAUUGUUGCAAAUCGACAUAAUAACUGUUCUGUGAUAAUUUUUAUAAACUAUAAAUUCCUCGUUAUUUAGUCAGCGAGUUGAAUGGAACCAAUUAAAGCCCCAAAACCGAACCCUAUGACAAUUCGAAAACGAACGGAUCUCAAAAUUAGUUAACACGUUUCUUUUUUCCUACAGGUCUUUCUGGUGUGGGUAGUGUUCAAUAAAAACCCACACGUUUAGAUGGUGUAUAAAGAUUUCAAAUAUAUAUAUAUAUACAUAUACAUCUGUAUGUACCCCCAUCCCUUAAAUAACUUGCAAAUGAGUCUUUAAGUUUCGUGCAAAAAAAAAUUUUUUAAAGCCCUCAACAAGGAAAAAAAUUCUUGUUUUCCCCGUUUCGCACAUCUCACAGGUGCCUCUACAAAUCUCUGUUUCUCUCUGUCCCUAUCAGUACUUCACCAUCAGGUACCCCUCAUUUGGUUUUAGAGACUGACUGUCCGUGGUGGGAGCUAGAUGGCUGAAGUGACCAGUCCCCUUUCACCCAACAGAAGUCACGGCCACGAAUCUGUUGGCAAGCGCUGUUCGGAUCGGCUCCAACAAUCCGGAUUUGAAGGUUUUACCAUGGCUGACUACCUUAUAACUGGUGGGAUAGGUUAUGUGCCUGAUGAUGGACUUACAGGAGCUCAGCUUUUUGGCAAUGGAGAUGGACUGACAUACAAUGACUUUUUAAUUCUUCCAGGUUUUAUAGAUUUCACAGCAGAUGCAGUGGAAUUAACUUCUGCUCUGACCAAGAAGAUCACGCUGAAGGCACCUUUAGUGUCGUCACCAAUGGACACAGUCACCGAGUCUCAAAUGGCAAUUGCUAUGGCGCUGUGUGGUGGUGUAGGCGUGAUACAUCAUAAUUGUACACCACAAUUCCAAGCAAACGAAGUGCGUAAAGUUAAGAAAUACGAGCAAGGUUUCAUUCUUGAUCCAGUUGUGAUGUCACCUCAACAUACAGUACGAGAUGUUGUGGAAGCAAAAAAGAAAUUCGGUUUCUCAGGUAUUCCAAUCACUGAGAAUGGUAGCAUGGGGCAGAAACUGGUUGGUUUGGUCACGCAGAGAGACAUAGAUUUCUUAACACCUGAUGAAUAUCAUACAAAACUUCAAGAUGUGAUGACCAGAUAUGAAGACCUUGUUGUUGCCUUUGAGGGACUCACUCUGAAAGAAGCCAACCAAAUUCUACAGAAGAGCAAAAAAGGCAAAUUACCAAUUUUGAAUAAAGAAUCUGAGCUGGUAGCAUUGAUAGCACGUACAGACACAAAGAAGAACCGAGAAUUUCCACUUGCUUCGAAAGAUGACAAGAAACAACUUCUUGUAGGUGCUGCAAUAAGUACACAGGAUAGUGACUACAGUAGACUGGAGCAACUUGUCCAAGCCGGAGUAGAUUUUAUUGUUUUGGAUUCUUCCCAGGGAAAUUCCAUUUUCCAAAUCAAUAUGAUCCGGGCAAUCAAACAAAAGCAUCCGGAACUACAAGUUGUUGGUGGAAAUGUGGUGACAGCUGCCCAAGCAAAAAACCUUAUUGAUGCUGGUGUAGAUUCUUUACGUGUUGGUAUGGGAAGUGGUUCCAUUUGCAUCACGCAGGAAGUGAUGGCUGUUGGUCGUCCUCAAGGGACAGCUGUAUAUAAAGUUGCUGAAUAUGCUCGACGCUUUGGUAUACCUGUGAUUGCAGAUGGUGGGAUUUCCACUGUUGGCCAUUGUAUAAAGGCUUUAUCUUUAGGAGCAUCGACUGUAAUGAUGGGGUCAUUACUUGCUGGUACCAGUGAGGCCCCUGGAGAAUACUUUUUUGCCGAUGGAGUUCGUUUAAAGAAAUACAGAGGCAUGGGAUCACUCGAUGCUAUGGAGAAACACAAAAGUAGCCAGAGCAGAUAUUUUAGUGAAAGUGAUAAACUGAAGGUGGCCCAAGGUGUUUCAGGUUCAAUUGUUGAUAAAGGCUCCAUUCAUAAGUUUGUACCAUAUUUAAUAUCUGGUGUGCAGCAUGGUUGUCAAGAUAUUGGUGCUAAAAGUCUUUCUGCAUUGAGAUCCAUGAUGUAUUCCGGUGAGCUUAAAUUUGAACGUCGGACGUCUGCUGCUCAAGUCGAGGGAGGUGUACAUGGCUUGCAUUCUUGUGUGCAUGGUGUUGACCAACAUGUCCCUAAGUUACAUGUGGAGUCGAUGAUGACGUGAACAACAAACUGUUUGCUAUGAAAAACGGUUAUUUUAGGACCCAGAUGAAUUUGCAAUCUGCUCAAGUAUGAAUCAUCAUCAUGUUUCCAUUAGUAUUUGGUUCCGCACCGUUUGUCACCAAUUCGAAAUCAGUGGUAUGGAUAUAUAUACUACAACCGUUGACCAUUAACACUAACAAGACGCCCAAGUUUUCUUUUGGCUGCAUCGUUUGGAACGCUCUGCAGUUGGUUCACUACACCUGCUUUAUCCACAUCAAACAUCCAUGCUCAACUCGUAUCCAUAUUUUAAAAAUGAAAUAAAAAUAAAAUGUUUAAAAAAAAUCGAUCAAUUUUUAAUAUUUUUCCCUAGAAUUUCAACUUAUUUAGCUACAAAAAAAAAACAGGAAUUAAAAAAAUUCCUCUCUUUGUAAUUGUAAAAAAUCCUGUAAAUAAAUAAAUAUAUAUAUUUUGAA